GUGCCUCGCUGGUUUUUAUGGAGAUCCAAUCUUGGGAUCAGGUGAUCACUGCCGUCCUUGUCCUUGCCCAGAUGGACCGGAAAGUGGGCGCCAGUUUGCCAAUGGAUGUUAUCAAGACCGGAUUACAUUACAAGUGGUGUGCGUUUGUGAGAGAGGAUAUAAAGGAAGCAGAUGUGACGAAUGCGCCUCUGGCUUCUUUGGAAACCCCGAAGAGGUUGGUGGGAGAUGCCAUCCCUGUCAGUGCAACAACAACAUCGACUCCUCUGACCCGGAGGCUUGUGACAAAAGGACCGGGUUGUGUCUCCGGUGUUUGUUUCACACCCAAGGCGAACACUGCCAAGAGUGUAAACCUGGCUACUACGGAUGGGCCCUUCAACAGGAUUGUAGAAUUCACUGGGCAGUGCCAAUGCAUGCCAGGAUUCGGCGGGCGCACCUGUACAGAAUGCCAGGAAUAUUUCUGGGGUGACCCUACCAUCGGCUGCCAAGCUUGCGAGUGCGAUUCCCGAGGCAUCCAGACUCUCCAAUGUAACCGGUCAACCGGCCAGUGCAUCUGCAGGGAAGGCGUCGAAGGUCCCCGUUGUGAUAAAUGCACCCGAGGCUACUCGGGAAUCUUUCCAGACUGUGCUCCUUGCCAUCAGUGUUUUGCUCUCUGGGACGUCAUCGUCACCGAGUUGACCAAUAGGACCCAGAGAUUCCUGGAAAGAGCCAAAGUCCUGAAGAUCACGGGGGUGAGCGGCCCCUACCGAGAGACCCUCAGCUCGGUGGAGGAGAAGCUGAAUGAGAUCAAAAGCAUCAUUGCUCAAAAUCCCGCGACCGAGCCCCUCAAGAACAUUGGGGACCUCUUCGAAGAAGCAGAGAAGCUGAAAGCAGAUGUGGCCCAAAAGAUCAUUGAAGUGGAGGAAAAGAUCUCUACGGUGGCAAACGAAAGCAGCGCCGUGGAGGCUGAGCUGACGGCGUUGGAGGCAGACGCCAAGAGCUUACACAACGCUGUGAAAGAACUUGGGGAACAGCUGGAGUUCAUAAAAAUCUCGGACGUCCGAGGUGCCUUGGAUAGCAUCACCAAAUAUUUCCAGAUGUCUCUGGAUGCGGAAAAAAGAGCCAACGCAUCAGUUUUGCUUCCCGGCAGCCUCAUUGAACAGUCCGCCGAAAUGCGCCUGGAAGUGGAGAGUCUGAUCAACGAGACGGCGGCCACCUUCCAGGCUACACAGGAAGAACAGUCCCGUCUCUUGGACGAACUGGCGGGCAAGCUGCAAAGUCUCGAUUUGGCCGAAGUGUCGGAGAAGAUGUGUGGGACUCCCCUGGGGUCUUCCUGUGCCGAUUCCCCCUGUGGUGGGUUGAGCUGCCAAACUGAAGAUGGGGUGAAGAAAUGUGGGGGACCCGGGUGUGAAGGUCUGGUGACGGUGGCUCACACCGCCUGGCAGAAAGCCAUCGAUUUUGACCGGGACAUCUUGAGCGCUCUGGCGGAGGUGGAACAGCUGUCUAAAAUGGUUUCGGAAGCCAAACAACGGGCCGACGAGGCCAAGCAGAACGCGCAGGACAUUUUACUGAAGACCAACGCCACCAAGGAGCAAGUAGACCAGAGCAACAAGGACCUCAGAAAUCUGAUACAUCAGAUCCGAGAUUUUUUGAUGAAUACUAGACGACAGCGUCAAUGAGAAAUACAAAACAGUAGAAAACUUAAUUGCCAAGAAAACAGGGGAGUCUGCCAGCGCCAGGAAGAAGGCGGAAGAGCUGCAAAACGAAGCGAAGGUUUUGUUAGAGCAAGCAAACAGCAAACUUCAGCUUCUCAAAGAACUGGAAGACACGUAUGAAAAAAACCAAAAAAUCUUGGAAGACAAAGCUAAACAAGUAAUAGAGCUGGAAGAAACCGUCCGAGGCCUUUUGCAAGCGAUUAGUCAGAAAGUUGCGAUUUAUAGCACCUGCUAGAAAUUUGGAAAAACGAAAGAAGAGGGGAAAAAAACAAAUAAAAUAUCUUUCCUUUGAAGAUGGGUCUUAAAUGGAUAACGCAGCACUUCUCAACCUUGGCCCGCCUGAAGAUGUGUGGACUUCAACUCCCAGAAUUCCCCAGACAGCUGACUGGGGAUUCUGGGAGUUGAAGUCCACACCUCUUCAGGUGGACCAAGGUUGAGAAACACUGGGAUAACGGAACCUGUCCCAAUCUGACCAGAUACCAGCGUUUUUUCUCCUUUUGUAAAAUAAAAUCCUACUUUGUAACCAAGUAUAUUCCUCCUUUAACCCUAGUUAGCCUCAUUCUCCCAUGUUACUUUUAUUAUCCGAAAGAGCAAUUCACACUUUUUGAUUCUAAUAAAAUCCGAGCGUCAAACACAGGGUU